AUGUCGGUCACGCUGCGCACCCGCAAGUUCAUGACGAACCGGCUGCUGGCCCGCCGCCAGUUCGUCGUCGACGUCCUCCACCCGGGCCGCGCGACGGUCAGCAAGUCCGAGAUCAAGGACAAGCUGGCCAGCCUGUACAACGUCGGGGAGUCCAACACGAUCUUCGUGUUCGGGUUCAGGACCCAGUUCGGUGGCGGCAAGAGCACCGGGUUUGGCCUGAUCUACGACAACCUCAAGGCGGCCGAGAAGUUUGAGCCGAAGCACCGCCUCGUCAGGUGCGCGGGCGCCGCGCAGUGGCUGGUGCCGCGGCAGCAGCAGCAGCACCAGCAGCAGCAGCAGCAGCAGCAGCAGCAGCAGCAGCAGCAGCAGCAGCAGCAGCAGAAAGAGCAGCAGCAGCAGAAAGAGCAGCAGCAGCAGAAAGAGCAGCAGCAGCAGAAAGAGCAGCAGCAGCAGGAGCAGCAGCAGGAGCAGCAGCAGGAGCAGCAGCAGAAGCAGGAGGAGCAGCCGCAGCAGGAGCAGCCGCAGCAGGAGCAGGGCCUUGCCAAGAAGGUGGAGCGGUCUCGCAAGCAGCUCAAGGAGCGCAAGAACAGGACCAAGAAGAUCCGCGGCAUCAAGAAGAACAAGUCCGCCUAA